GGGUGAAUUACAAGAAUUUGAAACCCAGUGUGAAGAGAUAUUGGGCCUUAGAAGUUGGGCUUGUUAUAAGUGUAGCGCACGGUGAGUGAUCUCAGAGGCGGUGCUGGCGUUGAAAUAGAGUAUAGACUAGAGUCAGUGAGUGAAAGAGGGGUUUGUAGUCUGCAAAUUGCAGUUGAAAUUUGGAACGUGCAAGAUCCGGUGCUGUAGUCUCUACAUUCUGUGAUGGCACCAAAACCGAUAACGAGUCCCGUCCCCGAUUCGUGGUACCCCACACUCUCCGUCUUCACUCUCGCCAUCGGCCUCGUCUUAACCGCCUCUUUCUUCAUUUAUGAAGCAACAUCUUCUAGGAAAAGUCGUUCACUUGUUCAGGAGCUGACAACUGGAGCAGUGGCUUCAGUCUUCUUGGGUUUUGGGUCCCUGUUCCUCCUACUUGCUUCUGGCGUUUAUGUCUAAUGUAAACAUUGAAUUGGAUGAAAUUUUGCCAAGCAGAUAGCUUUAAAUGAAAAAUUGCAUUGGACGUUUUAGUUUGAUAUCUGACUCUAAGUUAUGUUCAUAAUCUAUCGAUGACAAUGUUGGUUGUGUGUAAUGUUCAAGAAGAAUAGAAGAUUAUGAUAUCUGAGAUAGUUUUCAAACAUGUUUCUGGGGUAAUUUCUAUAUGCUGAAUGCCAACGAAUAUCAUAGUUUAUACUUGAUAAUAUAAAACAGCUUAUUUGGGGCCUCUUUGAAUGGAA